UCAAAGUUCUCCUUUCUGUGCUCUCUUUCGGGGCCCCCGACACACGGGGUCAGAGCGGGACCGGAUGGGCUCGUAGCGGACACCGGUUCGGACGUCAAUGAGAGAAAGGGAGAGGGAGAGCGCGCGCCUGAGCGAGCGUUAAUUAGAACAACCUGGUGAGGCAAUUAGGCGCGAGGAGAGAAGAGCGGAGCGGAGCGGAGGGGGCACGCGAUAUAAUUUUUUUUUUUUUAGUGCUUCUGGUUCUUCGACACCAUGAGUUGGAGCUUCCUGACGCGUCUGCUGGAUGAGAUCUCAAACCACUCCACCUUUGUGGGAAAGAUCUGGCUGACUGUGCUCAUCAUUUUCCGCAUCGUGCUGACGGCCGUCGGUGGCGAAACGAUCUACUACGAUGAGCAGAGUAAAUUUGUGUGUAACACCCAACAGCCCGGAUGUGAGAAUGUGUGCUACGAUGAGUUUGCUCCACUUUCGCAUGUCAGAUUCUGGAUCUUUCAGGUUAUAAUGAUCACCACCCCCACCAUCAUGUAUCUUGGUUUUGCCAUGCAUAAGAUAGCUCGCAUGGACGACUCGGAGUACCGCCCGGUUCGCAACAGAAAGAAGAGGAUGCCUAUCGUCAGCCGUGGGGCAGUACGGGACUAUGAGGAAGCAGAGGACAACGGGGAGGAGGAUCCAAUGAUAUCUGAGGAGAUUGAACAGGACAAGCCAGAAAAAACUGAAAAAGGUACCGAAACAAAACACGAUGGCCGACGACGGAUUCUGCGUGAUGGCUUAAUGAAACUCUACGUUUGCCAACUCCUGUGGCGCUCUGCCUUUGAGAUCGCAUUCCUCUUUGGCCAAUACGUCCUCUACGGUUUUGAUGUAACCGCAUCCUAUGUCUGCUCUCGGCUUCCCUGCCCACAUUCUGUGGACUGUUUCGUGUCCAGACCUACUGAGAAAACCAUCUUCCUGCUGGUGAUGUACGUCGUAUCCUUACUCUGCCUGCUCCUCACCGUCCUCGAAAUCAUCCAUUUGGGUAUCGGCGGAAUACGCGACACCUUCCGCAGGCGUGCCUUGCUCAACUCCCAGCGUCGGCCGCGUCCGCCCUCAUCCCGCUCCCUGCCCACGGCUCCCCCAGGAUACCACGCCACCAUGAAGAAAGAAAAGCUGAGGGACUUGCCGAUGGGCGAUUCCGGGCGAGAGAGCUUUGGAGACGAGGGCCCUUCGUCCAGGGAACUGGAGCGGCUGAGAAGGCAUCUGAAGAUGGCGCAGCAGCAUCUGGAUCUUGCAUACCAAGCAGAUGAAGGAAGCCCCUCGCGCAGCAGCAGCCCGGAGGUAAACACAGCUGUACAGACAGCUGCUGAGCAGAACCGCCUCAACUUCGCACAGGAGAAGCAAGGAGAGUCUAGUGAGAAGGGAAUACGUGCCUGAGCGUGCUUCCAGCCUCAGAAGUCUUGUCCUUCCAUUCCUACUGGCCUUAAAUGUUUGGGGGGGGCACACAUGGGGACAGUCGGACCACUGAGGAAGACCAAAGCGUGUGUUGGUGUGUGAAUGUGUCGGUGUGGAUGAAAGAGUUGUGCCUUUCAGUAUUGGUGGUCAUUGCAAAGCAAAAGUGCUGCUGACUGAAUUUGUGUGACACUAAACUUGAAAGCCUGCUA